AUGGUGUUACUACCAAAGGCUACAUAUGAUUGGAAACAUCUGAGAAUCCAGGAUUUCGAAAUCGUGGAUGAAUAUAACUCAGCUCUAUUCAAAAUUGUCUCUAAAAUGAGACUUUGUGGUGAGACUGUAACAAAGAAGGAUUUGUUGGAAAAGACUUUCUCCACAUUCCAUUCUAGCAACAUGUUGCUGCAACAGCAAUACAGAAAGAAAGGUUUCACCACCUAUACUGAUCUGAUCUCAUGCCUAUUAUUCGCUGAGGCUAAUAAUGAGUUACUCAUGAGGAACAGUGAGAUGAGACCUCCUGGAUCAACUCCAUUACCUGAAGCCAAUAAGGAUGUAGAGGAAUAG